AUGUAAUUGGAGUAGGAUGGCAUACGGAAUGAUGAAAAACAGAUCAAAUAUGCCUUGCUUAGUAGAGAUCAGGCUGAACAGAGAAGGAUGGACGUGGAUAAUUGUCAAUAUUCUUUGGACUUGGUAGUCUAGAAUGACAUAAUAAUGGGAAUGAUUUUGAUAAACUUCACUUGUUCGAGUAAUCACAUUCAGAUUGACUUUUGCGGGUAAUAACUCACAAGUGUAAAGGUGAAUAAUAAUGAAUGGACUUUGGAGGAAAUUGCUCAGAAUUGGAGGAAACAUUAAUUAUCCAUCAAUACCAUCAAAGGUGAAAACUGCAUUAUGAUAACUUUCACUGUCGGAUUUUCAGAGAGCGAAUUCGGACUAAUUAAAUACACCUAAAAUUAGGCUACGUAUAUCAUCUCUUUGUUUUGUCCUAAUUAUUGUCAUUCGUGUUUUCCCUGCUUUGAUUAACCAGACAUCAAGGCUAAGAUCAAAUUGUAAUUGACAUGUCCCAAAGAAUGGCUGGCUGUUUCAAACAUGAAUCCAAUUUUGAUUGAACAAUGCUCCGAAACUCAAAACCAAUGGAACUUCGCAACCACUCCCAAAAUCAGUCUCUACCUCUUCAGCAUCAACAUGGGCUAAUGGAAGAAGAUCUCCAACGAGUUGCAUUCAGGUCUCCAAAUGAAUCUCUACUCAGAAUAAGAAAAAUACAUGGCCUGUCUGAAGUAACACAUCCCCAUUAUCUAAGAAGGCUUCAAAUAUUACGAAUCCUUGUUCGGUAUCCCCUUCCCAUUUGAAAAAUAUGAUCUGAUAUUCUGUUCCUUCUACUUCUCAGGAAUGGAACACCCUGGAGCAGUCCUGAUUUCCAAAAAUAUGAUCCAGAACAAAUUCGACUCCACCUUAUUGACAAAACUGUUCCUCCUCUUGUUACACGAACUCUCACACAUGUGGUUUGGCAAUUUAGUUACAAUGAAAUGGUGGAACGACCUGUGGCUCAAUGAAGCCUUUGCUGUAUAUAUCUCAUACCAGGCAUUACAAUUAGUAUCUAAGAAGGAACCCUUCAUUACCUAUAAGUUUUAUGACCCAAAAAUACAUUAUCUCUUAUACAAAUAGAAUGGAGUCAACUUAGAUAUCAAUACUAAUUCACAUCCAAUUGAAAUGAAGAUCGAAGAUGCAAACCAGGGGUUGUAAGCCUUUGAUUCCAUUACUUAUAACAAGGGUUCAGCUGUGCUUUCAUCUUUGGUAACAUUGAUUGGUUUCGAUAAGUUCAUUGAAAUUGUCAAACAAUACUUGGAGAAAUUUAAAUGGACAAAUGCCACCACCAAUGAUCUGUUCGAACUAAUUCAUUAUCAUUCCAAGGCUGUGGACAUUCAACGAUGGAAACAAGAAUUCAUUUAGUAGAAUGGAAUUAAUGUCGUGGAAGUUAUCUCCUAAGACUAAUAAAAAUUUGUUAAGCAAUGUUCGGUCAGUGGAAAUGCUAUUCGACAACAUCUGAUGAAUGUCCUAUUGAUCAAGGAUGACAACCAAAUGGAAGAAAGAUCAAUAAUGAUGACGAAAGAUACACAUUAUUUGUGCGAAUCAAAAGACUAUUCUGCUGCCAUUCUCAACUACACUGAUGAUGCUUAUUGCAUUUCAACCUUGGAUGACAAAUCCUUGAGUUUUGUGCUUACUAACUUCAACAAAUUAAAUUUAUCAAAUCUAGUCAAAGUUUCAAUACUCAAUAACAUCUUCUAAAUGACCUACAUUCUGGGAACAUUUAAGGUUCAAUACUUUAUAGAAUUUUUGUUGCCGUCUAUGAUUCCAGAUAUUGAUGCUGAAGUUUUGAACUUUAUGAUUGAAAAGCUUGACAUACUCUUUGCCUAUUUAAGUGUGGAACAAUAACUUAUGUUUGGUCCCAUCAUCUUUGAGAAACUCGACCUACUUAGAACAUCGAAUAAUGAAUUGAAGCAACUUAUAUUAGGUUAGAUUGGAAAUUUCGCCUUUGACAAAGAGCAUAUCCACAAGAUCUAUGAAAUCUUGAUGAUAUCUGGAGCUCAGCAUAGAAGUUUGGCAUUAUUAGGGAAGUUCCUUGAUUGUUUGUUCUUGAAAAGACACUAUUUAAAUUAGGAGCAUCUCUAAUCCUACGAAUAAUUUUGGAGUACCCUCAAACCUUACAACCCAAAUUUUGUGAUUCGAUAAAAUGCUGCUGCAUACACUUGGGAGGAGAUCCAAUUAUAUUUCCUUUCCUUGAUCGAGAACACAGCUGAAUACAACCAGAUGGAGCAUGUAUUGAAGGGAAUCAAUAAUCAAUACUCCUUAAUUUAUGAACAAUAUUUAUAGAUCUACUAUUCAAAUAUCAAAUUGUUGUGUGCUGGGUUGGAUCAGCAUAAAAUCUUGAUUGUGCUUAAUGAGGGGUUCCCAAAACAAGGAGACUUCAAUUUAUAAUUGUAACUAUUGAAUGAAUUGGAGUAGCUGUUUCCAAAUUUAAAUUUUACACUAAACUAACUGAAACAAAGAACAAUUCAAAAACAAAAAAUACAAUAAUCAUUUGAUUGA